UGGUAAAUCUUCGAUUAUUCUGCAAUAUAUUCUCCCAAUUGUUGGCCCCUUGCUGUCCACAGAUUGGGACAAGUUCCACUGAGAGGAGAAAGUGUGACAGUGUAUUGGAAAUUUUGUUGUGUGUUGCAUUUUUGCUUGUUUUUCACCCAAACAUUCUGUGAUGUUUAUUCGCUCAUUUGUGCGGAAGUUCUCGGCAUCGGCGGUGAAGCGAAGAAGCCCUGUCAAGGGUAAGGUUUUCGUGGGGCUCUUGGCCUCCGGACUGGCCUAUGACGGAGUGGUGAAUGAGUUCGGUGUCACGGGAGCGGCGACGAGAUUUAUGAGAUCCCUGAGAAUCGCCGCGACCAUCUCGCUGGACUACACGCUGUCGCUGUGGGGCCAGCAGGAAGGCACUCCGGAGUACGAUGCGAAGAAGAAGGAGGUUCACCUGCGCUGCGCCAACCGGAUGCUGCAGGGCUGCCUGGCCAACGGCGGCUUGUACAUCAAGGUGGGCCAGGGAUUCGCCACAAUCAACCACAUUCUGCCGCCUGAGUACACAGACACGCUGCAGAAGCUCCACAAUGAGUGCCUUACGCGGAAGAAGGACGAGGUGAAGAAGGUGUUUCUGAAGGAGUUCGGCCAGAAGCCAGAGGAGCUGUUCCAGGAGUUCAAUUAUGAGCCAAUAGCGGCCGCGAGUCUGGCUCAAGUGUUCUGUGCCACGACGAGGGAUGGCGAGAAAGUGGCUGUUAAAGUGCAGUAUAUUGAUCUGCAGGAGAGAUUCGCCGGGGAUUUGGGCACGAUAAUCUUUCUGCAGGACAUCAUUGAGAUUGUACACAAGAACUACAACUUUGGCUGGAUCAUUCGCGAUGUGCGGCGGAAUCUUGAGAAGGAGCUGGACUUUGUGAAUGAAGGAAGAAACUCAGAAAGAUGCGCUGCUGAGCUGGCCAAGUUUCCCUAUGUUUACGUGCCGAAGGUUCGAUGGGAUCUCACCAGCACCAAAGUGUUGACCACGGAGUUCAUUGACGGUGUGAAGAUGAACCAAACGGAGGAGAUCAAGAAACGAGGAUUCGAUCUGGCUGAUGUUGACGUGAAGAUCUUCACGACAUUCUCAGAGCAGAUCUUCAACAGUGGUUUCGUUCAUGGUGAUCCUCAUCCGGGAAAUGUCCUGAUUCGCCAAGGAAGUAGGGGCAAAGCUGAGUUGGUUCUUCUGGAUCAUGGCUUGUACGAAACAGUGCCGCCGGAUGUGAAAGACUCUCUCUGUCACUUUUGGGAAGCAAUCGUGCUGAGAGAUCAUGAUAUGAUGAAGAAGUAUGCAACGAAACUCAAUGUGAAAGAUCACUACAGGUUCGCUGAGAUUCUGCUGCAGCGACCGUUGGAGGCGAAAGGCAAGUUUACAACUCGUCUCACUGACGAAGAGAUUGCGUAUAUGCAGAAAAUCGCCCGGAAACGCUUUGACUUGAUCAUGGAGACGCUAAAGGAAAUGCCACGCAAUCUCAUCUUCAUCGUGCGCAACUUGAACAUCAUUCGCGCCGUGGCGAGAGAUCACGGUGAUCCUGUGAACAGGCCCAAAGUGAUGGCCAGACACGCCAUGAAGAGCAUCCAUCGCGAGGGAGGAUUUCUCAUGGGGCUGCGCUAUCUCGUGAGACGUCUGCACUUUGAGCUAGCGCUGCUGCGUAUGUCACUCCACUACUGGUUCAUACAGGCGUACUUGGGCCUCCUGACGAAGCUGGGCAGAGCGCCAGAGACAAAAAGUCUCUUCCAGAUAAACACAGAAAGUCGUGCGUAAUUUUUGCCGCGAUAAUCAGAGCUGGUCAGUUUCACUUUAGCGCCUCUUGAGAGCUUUAAUUGUGCACAAACACCAGCUAUCCUCGCAGCUGGAGUAGAGUAAUAGAUGUAUAUUUUGAAUAAACACACUUCAGGGACUAUUUGUAUUGGAAGAUGUGUGAUUACUUUUGAUAAGGGUUCGUGGAGGCUUUUUUGGCGCCUGAUAACGCCAAUUGCGA